AUCUCAUACGUUGCAUUCCCAGCUGAGGCCAAGAUUUCAUGCUAUCCCAGCAGUUCUCCUUGCCAAUUUUCUGUUGCUAAUACAUGUAAAGUCUUGCUGCUAUUGCUGAACCUGCUGCAGUGGCCACUUGGUCCUUGGAGCAAAAUGGAGAAGUAUCCUUUUCUGUUGGUGAAAUACGGCGUUAUAAUUGCCACAUGAAAUGGUCCUGUCUCUCUCGCUGAAAAGAUGGAUGGGGAAAACCAGCUUAAUGGAUUUCCUUCCCCUCUGCUUCUGCAAAUGUGCACAAACCUUGUGGAACGUGGAGACACCAGGUUAGCUUCUGAUGCACAGCCUGCCAAAGGGGUUGCUUUUGUUGUUCUAGCAUUUUUAGCAGCUAUGUUUUGUUCUUAUCCCAAUCCAAAUCAGGAUAAGUGUCCUGGAAACUAUACUCACCCACUUAAAGUGCAGACUGUCAUAGUCAUUGCAAAAGUAAUUCUGUGGAUUCUGCAUGUUUUUUUUGAACGAUACAUCCAGCACCACCACAGUAAAGUCAGAAGCAGAGGUUACUUCUCAAUAUACCGAUCAACAAGACAUCUAAAAAGGCUUCCACUGCUGAUUCACUCCACAGGUAAUGCAGCCCUGCUUUUGAUUCUGUCAGUGCAGCAUUCCUUUCCUGAUCGCAGUAAAGUGUACCUGUAUCUUAUACUGGGAGUCCUGGGCCUGGAGCUGAUUAGCUCCCUGACAUGCUUAGUGAUUUACACAGUGAAAAUAAGCAACUUCAAUCGUGCGAAGCCAAGACCUGACAUAAUUGAAGAAGAAAAGAUGUAUGCCUACCCUAGUCACAUUACCUCAGAAAUUGGAUUCAGGGAAACUUCAAGUUUAGAAGAGAUAGUUGAGAAGCAAGGAGAUGUAAUAGAAUAUCUUCAGCGACACAAUGCACUGCUCAGCAAGAGACUAUUGGCAGUAACAUCUCAGCAAAUCAAAACUUAACAGCGUUUGGAAAACUGCUGCUGGAGCUCUGGAGGGAACAUGAGGUAAUGUAGUAUCCAGACUGAUUUGUACAGAUGACUUCUUCAAUCGUCUUUCACAUUUUGAAAUAGAAAUUAAGCUGGAAGGAUAAGCUCUGCAUGCACUAUAAACCUGUUACAACUGGACACUGGCUCUCUUCAAAUCAUCAGUUCUGAAAAAAAGUUCUGGAGGUUCAAGGAUUUUUAAUUCCUAAUAGGGUAAAGUAGGACCUGAGGUAAUGGUUUCAGCUUCAUUCAGUUGUCGCUAUUAUUUUGUACUGCUGUAACCUUUGAGCUUCAAACUACUAAAGUAUUCUGUAUUUCUAGAAAACAAAUUUGUAUUCUAGAAAAAACUUGACUUUGCAAAGGAUGCCUUUUCAGUUUCUGGUGCUGUAGCUGAGACUAGAUGUGUUCUGUCACUGAGUCCCAUUACUUCCAAUGUUAGAGGUGGUGUACUUCAAUAAUCCUGUACAAAGUACAUACUUGCUUUCUAGAUCAGUCUCCUUUUCUCCUUUGUCAAGAAAAGGAGUGAAACUGUUGCCUGUGCCAGGGGGGAAAUUCAGCAUCCAAUUUAGGAUUUAAAAAAAAAAAAAAGCGGUGGGUGCCCUAGAAAUGCAAAUAUUACAUGUAAGUGUGUGGUAUAAAACAUGUCAUGAUAAGCAAUUUGAGCAGUUGUUCAGAAUUCCGGCUUUAAAACCUGUAAGAAGAGGCAUCUUAAGGGCUGAUGACUUUCCUAUUACUAGGAGCCUGUCAGCUAAUAAUCAACAAGAUUCCUGCUCUGCUGACUGAACUAACUUAAUACAAAAAGUUUUUUCUUUGACCUAGUAACUAACUUGUGUUGAAUGGGUUUAAAGAUCCUGUUAAAGAUGCAUCAGUUACAUGCAUCCUUGCUCGUGACUUACAAAAAAAGUCAGCGUCUUGAUUCAAAAGCUAAAAUGGUGUAUGUGGGGAGGUAAAAAGCAGCAGAAGACAGAAAGGACUUCUAGAAGUUGGAGAAACAAGAAUUUUUGGUUCCAUUUCAUGGAUUUAUUGGGAAGGCUGGUGAAAGAACCAUUCUGUUCUGGGUACUAUCUUGUCUACCAAUGUAGACCAAGAAUUAUUUUAGAAGCUGAUACCUCUGUGGGGACAGGGUAAUCACUAGUCUAAACUGGGAAGAAGGCUCUCAUGAGGAGUGGUCUUGUAGCUGAGUAUAAGAAAAACAAAAGAAAAUUAAUCCAUCCUACUUUGGUUCUAGGGCACAACUUUAGAAAUAACUAAACUGUUUAGGGUGCAACAAACAUGGGGAUGGUCUCAUUUAACAGAAAACAAUAAAUAUUGGAGGUCUUGCUGCUAUCCAACACUAUACUGUUCUCCUUAAGUGUUGUUUCUUGAAAAUGCAGCCAGGAUUUUAUAAUAUACAUGUAAGGAAUAGAAAUGUUUUUGUUUUUAGAACUCAGGUUUUGAUGUG